AAGAACUGUUUUUCUUUUGAAAACUCACACCAAACUUUGGUGAACCAAAAUUGCAUUUUCUAGUGAUUAAUUGUAUUGUAUUUUACUUUUUUUUCAAUUAUAUUUCAAUUAAUAUUUUAUAUCAAUAAUGGCUUUUGUUAUGAGGAAUCUGAGAUCUCUUAUCAUCAACUCAAAUCAAAUUCGUUACUUUGCACAUGGUGAUUCUACAAACGGGAUGCAAUCAUCAUCUGGACCAUCUUCAAGACCAUCCUCUUCAAAAGCUCGUGAUAAACUGCCAUUUGAUUUCAGUGAAAUUCCAGAAAAACCAAAGCUACCUCGAAGUCCUUUUACCAUUUAUUUUGAACAUAGAUUUGUCGAAAUACAAAAAGACAGUAAAGAUUUAAAGAAAAACGAUGCCAAGAAGGUGAUUGAAGAAGAAUGGAACAAGUUGGAAAUGAAACAGCCAUACGAGGAGUUAUCUGCUAAAGAGCACCAUGAAUAUAAAGAUAAAAAACAAGUCUACAAUGAAUUUGUGAAUCGGAAAAUAACUAUUAAAGAAAUGCUGAUUGUGUUAGAUGCCUUUAACAAAAUGCAAGUUCAAAAAGCUAAAGCCUUAAAAGGUACCAAGCCUAAAAGACCUGUAUCAGCAUAUGGUUUAUUUUUCAAAGAAUACAGUGAUUCAGUCAAAGCAUCUGGUCUCGAUUCACCAAAGAUGUCCGAAGUUGCGGAGAAAUGGAAAAACCUGCCUGAUGAUGAAAGAGAGAAGUAUCAGCAACAAUCUGAGAAGCUCAGACAAGAAAGUAUUGAAGCUAUAAAGCAAUGGAAAGAAGAUAAUUCGAAGUAGUUCAUAUCAAGUAGUUCCUAAACUAUGCAAUGCAUUUUUGUAUAGUUCCAAAUGCAUGCCAUUGCCUCAGUGUUCACUAAACUUAAUUAAACUACUUUACUCAAACUUGCCA